AUGUCCCGGGCACUCUUAGAAGUAACAAUCUCAUGGCUGUUCGCGAACGCCAGGGGCCGCGACGACAAGUGCUUCAACCGCCUCCCCGCAUUCGAGGCUUUUUCAGAGCCGACCAUCGAGAUCACCUCUCCGGCGCGCGGUCCCGGCCCGCUGCGCCAGCCGGCCCAGCUGCAGAAGGAGGACUCGGCUGACGGAGCGGGCAGGCUGCCGUCUUUGGAGUGGAUGACGCCAACGAGCCUGGAGGGUAAGGUGAAAGAGUGGCUGCUCGUCGUGGAGGACCCGGAUGCGCCGCUGCCGACGCCUAUUUCGCACGCGAUAUUUGCUGGCAUUGCAGCCACUACUACGAGGGUGGACCAUGCCGAUAUCGAGGUGGCUGAUGACAGCAAGAACCUGCUCAAGGGAGGCUUUCACUACGGCAUGACGAGGUCAGGCAAAGUGUAUAUACCCCCUCGCCCGCUGAUGAACCACGGGCCCCAUAGAUAUUUCCAUCAGAUUGUGGCGCUGAGCGAGCCGCUGCCGAAGGACUUGUUGACGUCCAAGCCACAGCCUAGCAGGGAACAGAUUGCCGAGAAGAUCAAGGGAAAUGUUCUGGGCUGGGGCUUGUGGGUUGGUGAGUACGAGAGGAGGUGGUAA